GCUAAUUCCGAAAGCUUUGUACUUCAUGCAAAACUUCAAAGCUCGACUCAUAUUCGUUCAAUAAAAUGGUAAUUUCGACCUUGAUAUCGCCAUUAUCAAAGGAAACAUUAUGCAUUUGCAAUUAUUCAUUAUACUUGAUAAUGAAAGCAUUAAUAAAAGCAGUUUUAAGUAAUUUAAAGCAAUUUUUGGUGACUUUCUGUGUUUUUUAUAUCACUUCUUCCGCGGUAAAAAGUACCUUUUUUUUAGUUGUUUUUGUGGUAAACUUAUUUCUUAAUUUUCCGUUUAAAAUGCAUAUAACAACAGAGCAAGCAGCGCGUUCAAUAUAUGGCCUUAAAGUCUCCUUUGACAACUAUACAUUAGCAACUAAAUUAUUAUGUGUUGCUGACCUGGAACCAAUUACAAUUGUCAAUAGCGAUCCCACAUUUACUGUUGCUAUUUCAACAGAGAAAUUAAGUAUGGAGUCUUGGAAGUUCAAACGUUUGCGAUCCACCAUUCAUUUAAUAGCAGAUGCUGAAAUUACAGCUCACAACUUAUCGCAAACUUCAACUGUCGCUACAGAUGAAUAUCAUUUUGAAUGCAAAAGAUAAGGAAAGGAAAAAAACAGGAAAGACAAGUCUUUGGAAACUC